AUGGCACUGCCCCCCAAAUUCUCGGGGCAGACACUACCAGUCCCUUCUACUGCACAUGAACAGCAGCAUACUCUUGAAUUGUACCUUGACUAUGUCUGUCCAUUCUCUGCAAGGCUAUUCAAAACCUUCUACGCUAGUGCCCGGCCCCUCAUUCACGAGAAAUAUCAGCCUCGAUUACGGGUUAUUUUCCGGCAACAUAUUCAACCCUGGCAUCCAUCCUCAACACUCACGCAUGAAGCCGGAGCAGCAGUUCUGAAACUUGCCCCGCACAGGUUCUGGGACUUUAGCGCUGCUCUUUUCGAGCGUCAGCAGGAUUUUUUUGACGCCAAUGUUGCCAGUCAAACUCGAAAUGAGACUUAUGAGGCUCUAGCGAGCAUAGGAGAGAGUAUCGGCGUGGACAAGCAGGAAAUGUUGAGUCUUCUGACGGUUUCCAAUAAACCAGACGCCGAAGGACAACUAAACACCGGCAAUAAGGUCACGAAUGAUGUAAAGCUAAUGGUCAAGGCUGGCCGAGUUGUCGGAGUCCAUGUAUCUCCGACAGUGUAUUUCAAUGGGAUUGAGGAACCAGGGAUUAGCAGCAGCUUCACCGCUACUCAAUGGGAGCAAUGGCUGGCCAGGAACGUAAUUUGA